AUGGAGGGCGACGCUCUCCGUCGGGAGGAGGAGCUCCGCAGGCAUCUAAAACGUGAGAAGGAAGACCGCAGCAAGAGGGAGCGGGAGCGUUGGGGUUCACCACCUCCUUGGUGGGUGGAGCAAGAGCGACGUAAGGCUGAGUCCUCCACUAGGGAGCGGGAAUCUUGCCAGGCUCAUCCUCAGAAAGGUCGGUUUCAGCCGGGGGGCAACAACCGCUCUUCUCCGGCGGUGUCUCGCCAACCCAAGCAGAAGCAGGCGGCUUCCCGCCCUCCUCUUCUGGCCAAGGGAGCGGACGCCUCGUGGGAGACGAGGGUCACGCUGCUGCAAUGUGCCCUACCAAAGGCAAAAAGGCUGAGCUGGUGCUCUUGGGGAUAUGGGAUCCCGGGGCAAGGCUUCUACCAGCUGGAUCUGGCUACCUCAAGGGAGGAUGACAAGGCUUCCAAUUCGGCCCUGGUGUCGGUCCAAACCUCCCAGAUCUCUUCCCAGCUGCUCAAAGAUGAGCUCAAGAACGUGUUUGACGAGAACUGGCACUGGCAGGUGAAGCAACUCUCUCUGUUUGAGUUUGCGGUGGUCUUCCCGUCCAAGGAAAGUCUCAGGUUUGCUUCUAAGAGCGGGCGCCUGAUUCUACCUCUUAAUCAAAUCUUGGUUUCCAUUAAGGAGGAAGAAGUGGAUCCUGAAGCUAGCUCGGUGCUAGCGGAGGUGUGGCUCAAGCUUUCUGGCAUCCCGAGAAAGAUUAGGGACCCCGACAUCCUCCCGGUCACCUUCCAAAUGCUGGGUCGCUCGGUUGAGGUUGACGCGGCGUCCCAUUCGUGCAAAGGCCCAAUGCGCAUGAAAUUCCUUUGUCGCAACCCCAACAAGCUUCGUGGCUCGGUGGAGAUCUUCGUGCACAAGAUCGGAUAUAAGAUCAAGAUCGAUCCGGAGCUCCCUGCUUCUGCCCCCAAAGCCCCUCCGGUUCCUCACUCUGAUGAGAGUCAUGGGGAUGACUUCGCUGAUCCUACGAUUGAUGAAGAGGAGUGGGAGCGCCUGGGCUCGCGGUUCGCUCAGUGCUCCCCCGGCGCUGAGGCGGGACCAAUACGGCCGAACCUGCGGGGCAGUGGGGACAUCUUCCCGGCCCUCCGGAUCCUCCACCAGACUCCCCUGCUGGCGCCGCCGGUGGAGGUCCCUCUUGCGGCCACGGUGGUGGAAGUGUCGGAUGAUGAACUGGCCCCGCUUCUCUCGGCUGAGGUGUCGCCUUUCAAGACGCUGAAGCUCUCAGCUUUGUCCAGGACGGACUUGGGGUGGGUUGCCCCGCUGGAAUGGGACGUCGAUGAGCCGCGUGGGUCUCCGGUGACAGGUCUGGCGGCUCCGUCGGUGGUCCCGGUGGCGUCUCCUCCUCGCCCUGCCGAUCUCCUCCAUGAUUAA